CAGAGGGAAGCCGCCCGCGGGUUUCGCCGUGGGUGUGAUGUCAGGGAGGACGAAGAUGCUUUGCACCUGCGAAUGGACAUGACGGGGCUUGGGAAGGAGCGUGUGAGGGUGUGGCAUGAGCAGAAUACCCUAGUGAUCCAGAGCGACGGGCGACGGAGAAAAAGAAAAGGUAGGGGAAGAGGAGACCACCGGACGGAGGUACAGCAGCCGCAUCGUUCUGCCGCCAGAGUCUUUUAAGAUGGAUCAGAUCAAGGCGGAGAUGAAGAACGGCGUGCUCAAGGUGGUGGUGCCCAAGCCGAAGCCGGAAGAGGGGAAGGACGUUUUCCAAGUGAAGUCCUCUGUUACACAAACAUUUGAGGUGGAUCGCAUAAGCAAAGCAAAUUUUAUGGACAGUGUGAUGAAGCAAACCAAGAAUUGAGUAAACCAACAAGGUCAAAGGGCCAAAUAAAGAGUAUAAAGUCAAGAAUUGGCUCUUGAUUAGCUUAGUCGUCUGAUAAUGCGAUCCUCUUAAUCAAAUGGCAUGUAAUAAACAUUGAAUGGGUUCAUGAUAACUCAGCCUGUUGAACCGGGCCUCUUCUUCUGUCUAAUAAUAUCACAGCCUCUUUCCUUCCGCAGCUUUUCUCUUUCCCCUUGCUUCCAAGAAGAAGGAUCUUUCAAUUCUCUCCGGCGAGGCGAUGGCGGCAACGAGGGAGCAGUAUUUGUACAUGGCCAAGUUGGCGGAGCAAACGUAUCGGUACGAGAAUAUGAUGGAUUAUAUGGAGAAGGUCGCUUUGGCGGCGACGGUGGAGGAGGAGCUCACGGGGGAGGAGCGCAGCCUCCUUUCGGUGGCUUACAAGAACGUCAUCGACGCCCUUCGCAACGCCUUUGGUACCAUCUCAUCAGCCGAGCAGAGUCAGGAGAACCAAGGCAACAGCAACCGUCUCACCGGCAUCAAAAGCUUUCGCGUACGAAUCGAGACCGAGUUUUCAUCAACCUGUGGACGCAUCCUCGACUUCAUCGAGACCACCCUCAUACCGAAAUCUCCCUGCAAUGCCUCCAAGGUUUUGUACCUUAAGAUGAAGGGCGAUUACUACCGCUACCUGGCGGAGGUCAAGAUUAAUGGACAUGAACAGCACAAGGACAUCGUCGAGAAAGCUUUAUCUUCCUACGAGAUCGCUCAGGAAGCUGCUCGGGCAGAAUUCCCACCUACACAUCCACUUCGGCUUGGUGUGGCACUAAAUUUCUCGGUGUUCUACUACAAGAUUCUAUAUUCUCCAGUAAAGGCUCAUAGUAUAGCCAAGCAGGCAUGUGAUGAAGCAGAUUCAGAGCAGGAUACACUUCAAGAUGAUUCGUUCAAGGAGAGCGCUGAGAUUAUGCAGCGUCUGCGUGGGAACCUCGACAUAUGGACGUCAGACAUGGAGGAGGGGGGAAACUGAACAAGAUCAGUGAAAGGAUCAAACCUGAUGCCGGAGUAGUACAUUGAUUUUAAAAAUUAGCUGUUUGAUUCGUAGAACACUGCUUUUUUGUUUUUUCAAAAUGGAAACAAACUGAGUUGAAGAGAUCGCAUAGAAUUCGGCAGUUUUAAAAUCAGUAUAUGAAGUGGGGUUAUGAACUCACCUCCUCGUGUUAAAGCUUUUUUACCUUCAGCUUGUUUUCUCUUCCUGCAUUUGUAAGUUUGUAUUGCACUUGUUUUCCUUUGUUAAAUCUUUUUACCUUCAACA